AUGAAUGCAAAAACUUUACCAACGCGACGACUGUUGGUGGUGUGCCACCACAGAGAUAGGCAGACGGCUCAUUUCGAAGGAGCGAAAUCAUGUGUUCAUUACUAUCGCCAAAAAUGUAACAGAAGAAGAACAACAAAAGCAGAAGCACGCGCAAGGGCUUCACCACAAUCAUCAAAUCCAUUCACAGACGCACUCCCCUACCCGACGAUAGUACCUUCUCGAAAAGAGUGGAAGAAAACGUUCACGACGAACGACGGGGUCAAGUACACGUGUCGGGCGUGUGACGUGGACGACAUCCCCGCAGUCGCAUCUUUAUUGAUGCGAAGUAAAUUAGCGGGGUUUCCCACGGAAGAAAGCAAGCUGAAGAAAUACAUAGAGAAAAGCAUAAACGCGUUCCCACGAGGAGCGUACAUCGUCUUGGUAAAAGACGACGAAGAAGAAGAAGAAAAGAGUAAAAAAUGUGUCGGAGUGGUGGGCGUCUCCAACACGCCAGAAACCAGAAGAGACGACUUUGACAGAGCGUUGCAGUUCACCGACGACGGCGGGUACAUAUCAGAUUUAGUCAUCGACACGAGAUGGAGAGGAAGAGGAUUGGGCGAAAAGUUGAUGUUAUGCGGAGAGAGUUUGUGUAAAGAGAUGGGUCGCGAAGAAGUUUACUUACACGUAUCGACCAGAAAAGUUGGCGUCAUUCGAUUAUACGAAAAUAUAGGGUACGAGGAACGCAGUUCAAACUUUUUGCGACGAGAUUUGCUGAUGCGAAAGAAGAUAUGA